AUGGCCUCAACAAAGAUUGCCCCCUCGCCUGCGCCUCAAAUUAGCCCAGCCUCAACAAAACAUGCGGAUAUCAUUUAUCCAAGAUGGUUUGGUGGCUCAGCAUCUUGCAUGGCGGUCAUGGUGUCGCAUCCAUUUGACCUUAUCAAGGUCCGCAUGCAGACUGUUGCAGACGGUGCGAAACAAAGUUCAGUUCGAACGGGAAUACAAAUCAUUCAUAAUGAAGGUGUCCGAGGCCUGUAUCACGGUCUUUCCGCUGGAUUGAUGAGAUCAUUAACAUAUGGAGCCUCUCGUAUUGCCCUAUAUGAAGAGCUGAAACAAUCGGCAAACAAAUCAGAGAAGCUCAUCACUACUCCAAUGCUCACGAUGAUGGCAGCAGCAUCUGGCUUCGUAGGAGCUAUAUUCGGCACACCGUCAGAUAUUGCAAACAUUCGGAUGCAAAACGACAGAUCUUUACCUAUUCAAGACCGUCGCAAGUACAAGCAUGUGCUGGAUGCCUGGGUUCAAAUGAAGCGUCAUGAAGGUUGGAGAGCUUUUGCCCAGGGACUCUGGCCUAAUUGUUUCCGAUGUGGAAUUAUGACCGCAAGCCAGUUGGCUUCUUAUGAUACAUUCAAAGAUAUACUGCAAAGGUGGAGUAGUUUUGGCGAGGAGAGCCCGGUCAUUCACAUUUCUGCGUCGUUGUUGGCGAGUUUCGUUGCAACCUCGAUUUCUAGCCCGAUGGAUGUGAUUCGAACACAGCUGAUGAGUUCUCCAACUCGGGUGUCAGUCCUGAGGAUUGUGGCCAAUUUGACUCUGUCUGAAGGUUAUCGGUGGGUGUUCCGGGGUUGGACGCCCAGCUUCGUGCGCUUGGGACCACAGACUAUCGCAACGUUGGUGGCACUGGAGCAGCAUAAACGGAUAUAUCGUCUCCUCAAGACUGGAGGUGACCAGUCAUGA